UGAAAAACAUAGCGAUCACUGGAAUGCGACACACCCAUCAUGGUGCUCUGCUGUAGCAACAAUCUCAUUAUUACGUAGCGUCCAACUCCCAGCCAGGAGCAAAGGAUAUUAACAAGGACCUCCCGUGAAAGUUCACACAUUACUCGUAGCUCGAACCACACCUUCUACUCUUACACCAAUACUCUAUUGAGGAAAACAGCACUCAUAUUCGACCACUAACUCUCAAGCACCAUGGCAUCCAUUCUCACGUCCAUCAGUGACCUCAUUGCUUCCAUCUUUAAGGUUGUUGGCUCGAUCUUCAGCCAGGCACUCCACGCCGUCGAAGGCGUCUCCAGCAUGGUGGUGCACUUCUUCACCGGGCUCCUUUCCAUGGUCCAAGACGUGUUCGUCGGCUUGGCCAAAGCCGUGGGGGGCGUUGGAAACUUCGUCAUUGGUAUGACCCCUCUAGAACUCUUGUGUCGGAAACUGACAAGGAUCGAACCAGGAAAUGUCGUCGUUCUUAGUAUCAUCGCGGCAGGUGGAUAUCUGUUUUUGCAGUAUCAGCAAGGGCAAGGGCAAGGCAGGGAGCCUAUUGCGGCAAAGAAGAGACAGUGAGCGAUGGACAGUCAGCUAGUUGUUUACCAGUCAGUUGCAGCGUGGUAGUUGGCACACGGAUAUCGGAUAUCGGAUGAGAAGGAAAGGCGUAAUCACUUCGGACUGGAGAUUCAAUCUCGA